AUGGAUGUCCGCAGGUGGCUAGAAGAGACGAAGACCCCGGGCCCUCCUGCGUCGUUGGGCUCACCGGCAGGUCAGCACGCAAGGGAAGGCGCUCCUCGAGACGCGGCUAAACAGUCAUCCCCCAAAAGACGCAAGUCCAAGCGGCCACAGAAGCACACCUCUUCGGACAGCUCGCUGCUCCGGCCCGAUCGGCCCAAUGGCCAUCUCCAGCCGGUGACGCAGAAGCGAGGGGAUGGAGAUGGAGCCCGCGCGGGGCAGCACGUUGCAUCGGAUAAAGUGGCUAGUUGCUGUUCUUCUGAGCUUUUCGGGUCGGCUGAUCGCAGCGAAUCUGAGCUGUACGCUCGCAAGCCCCGCCGCAAGACGCGCCCAGAGAUAUAUGAGCCAAAAGCAGGCAGGAAGCGCCGCAGAUGGAACGGUGAGAGCAGGAAGGACCGACACGUACCAACGAGAGAGAAAGAUCACCGACGAACCAGGGCCAGGCAGUCAGAUAUGGCGCAUACAUUUCAUGCCAAGAAUGUGGCUCAAGACAGACUGACGCUGAAGCCAAACGAGAGCCUUGGGUUGUUCAAGAAGGGACGCGCAUCAUCACCUGUCAAGGGACGUGGACUGCCUGACCUGGUCUUCUCCGAGAUGCGUUUUCUGCAGAAGCGGAGCGAGCCCGUGGAUAGCCGGCCAGCAGCAGAAGCCUCGAGGAAGGGCAAGAGGAAAGGCAUCAUCAGUGUGGGACAAGAGGAUGAGAUAUCGACAUAUUUUGCCGCCCAACCUGCUGCACUUGCGGAAAAGGACGUCGACACCCCAACUCUAAAGCCGUCGGAGCAUCUUUCGGGGAACGAGCAACGCAAACCUCACGAUGGUAUUUCGCCAUCCCUCGAACCAACUUCUUCUACUGAGGCGCCAGUCGACUUGCCAAAUAAACCAUACCUGGGCUUUGGGACACGGCAUGGGGGGUCCACAAACGCUUCGAAUGCGUCCUUCCACAUACCUUGGUCGGAUUCAGGUCGGCGUAACAGUACAGCGGCAUCACAGAGAUCCCCAAGACGCUCCCUGCCGUCGCAAGUGAGGUCUGAGGAGUUGAACGGCAUCCAGGACUGCUCUUCAAACGCUGCAGCAAAGUCCAACCACGACGACGAGAUGCAUCUGGAUACUUCUAGGCUCGUACCGCAGGAAUUUGCACUACCGCGCGCGGCCCAGCCCAGAACCAUCGUCGGCAGUCGUCAUGGCGUCUUCCCGGAAGAAGCGCAAGCUCAUCCAAGCUUACAAGCAAACAAGUUGCAGGCUGAGAGCCCAAUGCCUCCGUCGUCUCACAAGCAUAGGACAGAAAAGCACUGCCAAGAGAUCACUAAUGUAUCACCUCGUCAGGUAGUGUUACAGCGAAAGGGACAUACUACGGGAACUGACGUCAAUGAACAACGAGGCAGGUAUCCGAUCCGUACACAGACGGGCAACCGAACUCGGCAUGCAGCUCCGCGAGGGGCUGGCGCCCGUGAUGCCCAAAGUACUGGGAAUGCAGUGAUGGCGCAAGAUGCAAUUGAGGUCACUUCUGAUGCAACCAGAAGCCGAGCUCUCCCAAGAUCAUCGUCACCACUUGGCAAGCUGCUACGCCAGUGUGAUGAUGCCUGUUAUGAUUCGGCGGUGGCGUAUGCCGUGCCUGUGAGGAGAAGAUCUGAUGAUAUUGAUACGCGGUGCGUCGAAGGAAGUGUUGGGUUUGCACAUUCCCCAAGCCAAGUAAAAGCGGACUGGACAGCGGUGCCACUCCGUCGAGCCGGAGGAAUAGCGGAGCGAAUCCCGAUGCCGUGUCAUAUGCAAGCACAAGAUGCUGCAGCUGCCUCGGAUGACUACGAUUCAGGCUGUGUUGUUUUUGAAGAUGCCCGUAUGCCGGAGAUCUCAGCAGACGCGAUGGAGAGCGAGGAGUAUGGGUAUAUGGACGAUGCUGCAGACUUCUAUUUGUUCCGAAAUCGGAUCGCGGGAGGCUUGGACGGGGGAUUCUGCCACGAUGCAGAUGGCGACUACGGCGGAUCUGUGUGUGACCUUGGACGAAGCCGCGAACAGCACACGGGACAACACGGUGCUGAGGAGGAAGCAGGAGGGGCGCUGACAGGGUUUUGGCGUCCACAUAAGCUGUAUUAG